CGCGCAGACGCCGCGCCGGGCGCCGAAAGAGGCGGACGCCCUCCACUAGGUGCGCCUGCGCAAGUUCCCACGCACGCUCCGGCGUACGGCGGCGGCCAGGGGUCGCGAGCCGGUGGAGGACCCGCGCGCGGGGGAGCCCGGAGAGUCAACGCUUCUUCCCUCCCUCCCCCAUUCCCCUCCCCGCUCCCCUCCCCCCCUUCCCCAAGAAUGUUCCGCUACGAGUCUUUGGAGGAUUGUCCUCUGGAUGAAGAUGAGGAUGCAUUUCAGGGCCUGGGAGAGGAAGAUGAAGAGAUUGAUCAAUUCAAUGAUGAUACAUUUGGGUCAGGUGCAGUUGAUGAUGAUUGGCAGGAAGCACAUGAGCGACUGGCUGAAUUGGAAGACAAGCUACCGGUGACAGUCAACGAACAAACAGGCAAUGGAGAAAGGGAUGAGAUGGACUUGCUGGGCGACCAUGAGGAGAACCUGGCAGAAAGGCUGAGUAAGAUGGUGAUCGAAAACGAACUAGAAGAUCCAGCUAUCAUGAGGGCAGUGCAGACCAGGCCAAUUGUGCAAUCCCAACCAGGAAGUCUCAAUUCCAGCAUCUGGGAUGGAUCUGAAGUUCUGAGGCGAAUCCGAGGACCACUGCUUGCUCAGGAAAUGCCUGCGGUAUCUGUAUUAGAAUAUGCCUUGCCUCCGAGGCCCCCUCAAGGCCCAGAAGAUGAUCGGGACCUUUCUGAGCGUGCAUUACCACGGCGGUCCACUUCACCUGUCAUCGGGAGUCCUCCUGUUAGAGCUGUCCCCAUAGGCACCCCACCUAAGCAGAUGGCUGUCCCCAGCUUCAACCAGCAGAUUCUGUGUCCGAAGCCUGUCCAUGUUCGGCCCCCAAUGCCACCACGGUAUCCUGCUCCCUAUGGUGAGAGGAUGUCUCCAAACCAGCUCUGCAAUGUCCCGAAUUCUUCUCUCCUGGGUCACCCCUUUCCUCCUAGCGUUCCUCCUGUUCUCAGCCCCCUCCAGAGAGCACAGCUUCUUGGAGGAGCACAGCUGCAGCCUGGACGGAUGUCUCCCAGCCAAUUUGCACGGGUCCCUGGAUUUGUUGGUAGCCCGCUUGCUGCCAUGAAUCCCAAGUUGCUGCAGGGGCGAGUUGGGCAGAUGCUUCCGCCAGCACCAGGCUUCCGUGCCUUCUUUAGUGCUCCGCCCCCUGCUACACCAUCUCCUCCGCAGCAGCACCCCCCUGGCCCAGGACCUCACCUGCAAAACCUAAGAUCUCAGGCCCCAGUGUUCAGACCCGACACCACUCACCUCCAUCCACAGCACCGCCGACUCUUGCAUCAGAGGCAGCAACAGAAUAGAAAUCAGCAUCGGAAUCUCAAUGGUGCAGGGGACAGAGGAAGUCACCGGAGCGGUCAUCAGGACCAUCUCCGAAAGGACCCAUAUGCCAAUCUCAUGUUGCAGCGAGAAAAGGAUUGGGUCUCUAAAAUCCAGAUGAUGCAACUGCAGAGCACUGAUCCCUACCUGGAUGACUUUUAUUAUCAGAAUUACUUUGAAAAACUGGAGAAACUGUCAGCUGCUGAAGAAGUGCAAGGUGAUGGCCCCAAGAAGGAGCGCACCAAGCUCAUCACCCCUCAGGUGGCCAAACUGGAGCACGCCUAUAAACCAGUGCAGUUUGAGGGCUCCUUGGGAAAGCUUACUGUCUCUAGUGUGAAUAAUCCCCGGAAAAUGAUUGAUGCUGUUGUGACAUCUCGGAGUGAAGAUGAUGAGACAAAAGAAAAACAGGUUCGGGACAAGAGACGAAAAACCCUUGUCAUAAUUGAGAAAACCUACAGUUUACUCCUUGACGUGGAGGAUUAUGAAAGGCGUUAUCUCCUAAGUCUAGAAGAAGAGCGACCUGCCCUGGUGGAUGAAAGAAAGCACAAAAUUUGUAGCAUGUAUGAAAACUUAAGGGGGAAAUUGCCUGGACAAGAGAGGCCAAGCGAUGACCACUUUGUACAGAUCAUGUGUAUCCGGAAAGGGAAGCGAAUGGUCGCCCGUAUUCUUCCUUUCCUCUCUACAGAGCAAGCAGUUGACAUUGUCAUGACAACAGCCAGGAACCUCCCUUUCCUUAUCAAGAAGGAUGCACAAGAUGAGGUGCUGCCAUGCUUACUGAGUCCCUUCUCUCUCCUCCUCUAUCAUCUUCCAUCAGUGACCGUCACCAGCCUUCUGCAGCAGCUGAUGAACCUACCUCAGAGUGCAGCCGCACCAGCCCCCUCCAACCCUCACCUCGCUGCUGUGCUCCAGAACAAGUUUGGCCUGUCACUGCUCCUCAUCGUCCUGAGCCGUGGGGAAGACCUUCAGAGCUCAGACCCUGCUGCAGAACCAACGGAAAACAGCCAGUGGACGGAGGUGAUGUUCAUGGCCACCCGAGAACUCCUGCGGAUUCCCCAAGCAGCCCUGGCCAAGCCAGUUUCUAUCCCCACAAACCUGGUAUCCCUCUUUUCUCGCUAUGUUGACCGACAGAAACUGAACUUGCUGGAGACAAAACUGCAGCUAGUUCAGGGGAUACGAUAAAAGAUCUGCAGAUGUGUCCUGUGCCUCCUGUUGGCUGUCACCUGCACUGCUGCCACCACCAAUGGAGUGUUUUUAAUGAGGGCGGGAAGGGAGCUUGUUCCCAAAGCGUCUGUGGGGCCGAUUCCUGUGCACAGGGGUUGUCUCUAAAUGCCAGGUACUUCCCGACUGCUCUGUGAAAUUGGCUGGGUGAUACUUCUGCUGGUUUCUUCUUACCUUCUUUGUUACAAUUCUGCAUGUCCUGUUUUUACUCAAUUCUCAAUUUUGCAUUUUCUUUGCCCUAGAGACACAAAUAUAAUCUCUCCCUUUAUCCCACCACCAUUCCUCCGAUUCAGAGUAGAUGUAGCCUGCCAAAGUGGUCCUUCCCUCGUCCUAUUGAAGUAUUCUUCAUUGCCCCGUAUUAAUAUGACUAUAGGAGAGCCAAUUAAGUAGAAAUUAAUAUACAUGUAUAUGCGCGCACACACCCCCUACAUAUGUUGAUGUGGUCUCCAGAGGAUCCUUAAAGAAUGAGUUAGAUUAAGAAAUAUUAGGUUGACACAUCCCUCCUGUACACACAAACCAGCUGAUGUACUUUUAAUGUUUCUAGCCCAUCUUGUAAUUAAUAUGGUGGGUUCUACUUUUUUUAAUAUAAAUACAGGAUAUGCAGCACAUUUCAUAAAAUCAGAACUCUUAAUUGGCUGAUGCCCAGCUCUGGGCUGGGAAGUCCUUUUUCUCCUCCCCUCUUGAAUUUCCUUUCUUUCUGGCCACCUCCAUGGAAACAGCACACGGUUAAACCUUUUUCCUGCUACAACUACGGUGUACUUGAGUCCCUCCCCUCAAGUGCAUGGAAGAUUGCCCAAGAUGAUUCCAACGCAGCGUCUGCAUCCACAGUGUAGCUUUUGUCUUCCUGAGACCACUUCAGUAAGCCAUGCUUUUACUUCUCUCUUCCCAUUUUUAUUUGGUGUCAUGGGUAGAAACCUCCAGAUGUGACUGUGGAAGCUGUUUGGCUUGCUUUCCUCUUCAGCCUCCUCCACAUCAUGGGCAGAACUGCUGCCCUUGCUCCUGCAUCUCACCCACGUCCUGUCUCAGGAGCCAGGGGCCUGGGUGUGAAUCCUAGCAGGCAACAGCCAUGACCCUUUCCACUUAUCCCUCUCCCAUCCAGCACUCAACCAGGAUGAGGAGGUUUGAUCCCUAGUGAUUACAGCCGUCAAGAAAAUUAAAUCUGAAUUCAUGUUACAUGACUGUCCUGAUAUACCUUCUUGCUGUUCUCACCUUCGCGAAUGUAGUCGGGAGAACAGACUAUGAUAUUUAAAGAGGAAACAUUUUGCACAUACAAGUAUUGUACAACAGUAAAACCCUUCUCCGUUAUAACCAGCUGUCCUUUUUCUCCAUUUCUUCCCAUUCUGUAGCCCCAGGCUUCACUAGCUGUGCCCCAGUGACAUUACCUAGCAUCCCUCCGCCGUUACCCACUCACUCUUUCCACUAUGGGCCUUUCCUACCUUUCCAUUUCACAGCCGAUCAAGUGAAGACUUGAUUAUUAUUUCUUCCUUUCUGUGCUUUUAUCUUUUUUGUUUGGUUCUAAUUAAUAAAAAUUAAAAUUUCUAAAUUUACAUUUUUAUAGGGUAUUGUAAAUAAAAACAAAUUGUAUACUUGAA